AUGAAUGAAUCUGCACAAAGGGCCAAAUAUCGAAACUCUCGAACUGCUAUGAAGAAGAAAAAUAACUCCUGUCCAGGUCCCUCACUGGCAAUAGAUGAGGCGGUGAACAAGCCUCGUUUUUCCACUUCAAAAGCAAAUUACCCGCGCAGUGCUAUACCACACACUCAUUCAUCACCCGAAACGGAACUACCCUUAUCAAUACCCUUAACUGACGAAAAGAACAAUCUGCUUCAUUCUGUAUGCGAGAAUAACAAUGCAGACAUAUUCACCGAACAAGAGUCUACAUACAGCCCCAAAGACAGCAAUAUUAAGGCAAUUUGCAGCAUCUUGAGUCUAGGAAUAACCACCCCAAGUGAGGAAAACUUCAGUGAAACCGGUGCAAACAUCUUAAGGAUGGAGAGUGGAGUGCGGCUCUCAGAGGAUCAAGAAAGCAUCAAACGAGUGAAUGUUCAAAUCGAAGACCCGACUAAAUCAAUACCAGAUGUUAGUAAAGGACCAUUGGGGCACGCAGUUCAGCUGAAGCUACAUUCCAUGAACGCAGUGGAAGAAUCCGGUGCACUGGAAGACUCGAUCGCGAACCAGAUUCAUGAGGUAACUGUGUUAGCGGAUACUUCCAUUUCUUUUCCUGAAGCGUCUUCGUGUUCGUUUAACACCCCAACAACGGUCCCACCGCGUCACAUAUCCUUCAUGAAUGAAGAAUCCAUUGAUAGUGUAAACUCAAGGAAUUCUGUCAAGAAACCCAAACCAGCACCGCGGUCGAUGCCAUCCACGCAUGAACAUUUCGAGAAUCCCAAAAAGUCGACCCCGUCAACCUCGACGGCCCCUUUUCGUGUGGCCGAACGACAGAAGCCGGUGAACUCAGCUAAUGCGAUGCCAUCGACCGGGUCUGGUGGGAAGGCGGGCACGGGUCUGGCACGGCAAUCGUCAUCCGCAGGGGUCGGGAAAAAGGAUGAGUCCACUUCUUUUUUAAAUAUCAUCCGAAAACGGGUGAAUGUGACCCUCGUCGCCCCCUCCCCACGCGUCGUCGGCCCUCGGGUGAAGAGGCCGGCAGCGGGUUCUGAUAAGGAUCCCCCCAGCCCUUCUGCGGUGGUGGCUCCUAGGGCUCGCUUGAUCUCCACCAAACGGUGGCAGCUGAUUUGCUCCGCGUGGUAUAAAUCUCGUCGUAGAAAGUUAGGUCGAUGCCAUGAAUUCAUUAAAGUCAAAAAAGCCCCCUCACGGCGGCGCCAUCGCGAGAAAAAUCCACCCGAGGAGGGCCCCAGAGACCGUCACAUGAGCGGGAUGGGGGAGUCGAAAUCCCCCAAAAUCCAAGCCGACAAAUUGGAAAACGGCUCGUUUACGAUGCGAAAGGACGAAAUUAAAUUGGAAAACGACGGGCCCAAAUCGUCCUCGGCGACGUCGAGUCUGCCACGUUCUCCGCUUCCCUUUUCCCCGACUCGGGUUGGGAUCAAAGGGGGGGAGGGGCCGGCCGUCGCGAUGUCGCUUCAGGAACGACUCAUCCUCCGGCGACAGCAGCAGCAGCCCGUGAAAGGGUUAGACCCCUCGGUGGUGAUUCAACCCCCUUCCGGGCGGGGCAAAGCCGACACCGCGCGACGAUCCGGCUUGAACGGGCCUUCCAUCAAACUCGGAACCCCUUUAGCGUCGACGGAACGAGACUCGCCCCCUCUCCCCGCCUCCUCCACGUUCUCGAGUCGUCUCCGAUGCAGCCUGCACAACCCCGUCGUUUCGUCUCGGGCCUCCACCUCGCAGCGGCGGUCGGGGGUCGUCGCCUGCACCACCCCCUCACGCCGCUCUCCCAGCACGAGUUUAGAGAAGAUCCCCCCUCUGGAGGGCUCCGUGCAGCGGGAAACAUCCCCGGCGGUCUCGAAAAUCGUCAUCAUCCCGCCUCUGCUCUCCCCGGAAGAGCGGGAGCGCACCGCGACGGUGGUGUUUGAUCUCGACGAGACGCUUUGCAACAAUCGCGUUGCCGGCCCGCCUCUCCUGCGACCAGGGGCUGUUCAGCUGCUGCACGAUCUUCGCGCGAUGUAUCGUCGGCCGCAUUAUAAACCCCUCCCGUUUGCGGCCCCUUCUUCGGCCGCAGGGGCGGGGUUGAAAUUUACGCGAUCGGUUUCCACGUUGGCGACCUGCGAGGCCCCCACGACCCGCCCGGAGCGUGAGGAGAACGGCCUUCGACUGGAGUUGGUGCUCUGGACGGCGAGCAUCAGCUGCGUGGCGAAGCGGGUGUUGGAUCGGCUGGACCCUCAGGGGGCGAUUUUUGAUCAAAUUAUCUACCAAGACUCCCGCUGGUACAGCAGCGAUGAGGAUUACACCAAGGAUCUGCGGCUCCUUGGCCGUAGCAUGAGCAACGUCGUCAUUGUCGAGAACGCCCCCGCUUCGGUGAAAUAUAACCGCCGAAACGCGAUCUUGGUGACCGAUUUCAGCCACAAUCAGAACGAUCGGCAGCUACUUGUUGUACGAUCCGUCCUCACCGAGUGGUUGAAUUUACUGAAUAGAUAUCUGUUGCGGCGUCACGGUCUAAAUGACUCCCUUGUCUUGGAAAAUCAGGAUGAUAGCAGUAGCAAAUUAACCGAAAAAGAGCCACGAUCCUCUGGGGUGGUAGAUAUAGGCAGGAAAAGUAUUCUCUCUUCACAAGCCGCGAAAAUGUCCAUGGGGGAUUCUAACAUGUUUGCAUCUACUAAUCGCUCUUCUCAACACCAAAUGAGCUCUAGAAAUAAACUCGAGGAGGUUUCCUCCCCCCUUUCACCCAAACUGCCAAUUCAGGAAAAGGGCAAAAUUUCCGUAGCGCAGUUUCUCAGCCUUCACGACUACAUUCAGAAGGGCACCAAUUACGUCCGCCUAUCCGUUGUCUCCAGGGUGGCCUCGCUUUAUGGUGAGGCGGUCGGGGCUAAGCCACAGGAAAAGGCCAUCAGUGCCCGCAGGCCAUUUAAUAGUUGCACCAACAGUGGAAGCACCACGAGCCAUAUUUUUCACAAUUCAAUUAAAGCUCAGCUGCCGAGUCAGCUUGUGUCCGGCGCCGGUUGCAAUACUGUGAGACCACGGCUUUAG